UCUCUCUCCUCCCCUCUCUUCUCUCUACCCCUCCGUUCUCUUCUCUCUCCUCCCAUCUCUUCUCCCCCCUCCCCUCUCUUCUCUCUACCUCUGAAGUCAGUGCUGUCUGUCUGUCCAUGGCUGUGGCUUUGACAGAGUGCUUUGAACUGAGAGCUGAUAUUUUACAGAUUGACCAGGGUGGAGGAGGACACUGGAGCGACCAUUGACCAGGGUGGAGGAGGACACUGGAGCGAACAUUGACCAGGGUGGAGGAGGACACUAGAGCGAACAUUGACCAGGGUGGAGGAGGACACCGGAGCGAACAUUGACCAGGGUGGAGGAGGACACCGGAGCGAACAUUGACCAGGGUGAAGGAGGACACUGGAGCGAACAUUGACCAGGGUGAAGGAGGACACUGGAGCGAACAUUGACCAGGGUGAAGGAGGACACUGGAGCGAACAUUGACCAGGGUGGAGGAGGACACUGGAGCGACCAUUGACCAGGGUGGAGGAGGACACUAGAGCGAACAUUGACCAGGGUGGAGGAGGACACCGGAGCGAACAUUGACCAGGGUGGAGGAGGACACUGGAGCGACCAUUGACCAGGGUGGAGGAGGACACUAGAGCGAACAUUGACCAGGGUGAAGGAGGACAUUGGAGCGACCAUUGACCAGGGUGAAGGAGGACAUUGGAGCGACCAUUGACCAGGGUGAAGGAGGACACUGGAGCGAACAUUGACCAGGGUUGAGGAGGACACCGGAGCGAACAUUGACCAGGGUGGAGGAGGACACUGGAGCGACCAUUGACCAGGGUGGAGGAGGACACCGGAGCGAACAUUGACCAGGGUGGAGGAGGACACUGGAGCUAACAUUGACCAGGGUGGAGGAGGACACCGGAGCGAACAUUGACCAUCUCCUGUGUGAGAUCUGAACUGGUCGUGGUGUGUCCAGAACAUCUUGGUAGGAGUGAGCUAAAAGAGGAAUACUCCGAACAGAUCAGUGGACUAGCUGCAGUACUUAGUGCAUAAUGACGGACAGCCCUGUGGAGACCGGUCCCAGCAGCCUCCGUCCCCUGGCCGUAACGGACCUCUCAGGCUUACUGUGUAACCAGUCAGCCUCUCUGGAGGACCAGGAUGUGCAGGGACCCCCUGUGCUGGUGGAUGCCUGGCUGGUGCCCACCCUGUUCAGCCUCAUCAUGCUGGUCGGCCUGGUGGGAAACUCUCUGGUCAUCCACGUUAUCACCAGGCACCAGCAGAUGAGGACCGUCACCAACUUCUAUAUAGUGAACCUGGCCACCACAGACAUUAUGUUCCUGGUGUGUUGUGUUCCCUUCACCGCUACCCUGUACCCCCUGCCAAGCUGGGUGUUCGGAGAUCUCAUGUGUCGUCUGGUCAGCUACCUACAACAGGUGACAGCCCAGGCGACUUGUGUAACUCUGUCUGCUAUGAGUGUUGACCGUUGCUACGUGACCGUCUACCCUCUACAGUCUCUACGCCACCGCACCCCUCGCAUGGCCGUGACGGUGUCUGUUUCCAUCUGGAUCGGUUCUCUCCUGCUGUCAGUGCCUGUAGCUCUGUAUCAGCGUUUAGAGGAAGGCUGUUGGUUCGGUCCCCAGACCUACUGCAGCGAAGUGUUUCCUUCAGCCCGCCUCCAGAGAGCGUUUAUCCUUUACAGCUUCCUGGCUGUCUACCUGUUACCUCUCAUCACCAUCUGCUUCUGUUACGCCUUCAUGAUCAAACGCAUGGGACAGCCCUCGGUACAGCCCGGCGACAGCAACUACCAGGUAACAGCCCAAGCAGAGCGUGGUGCAACAGUCAGGGCUCGUGUCUCUAGGAUGGUGGUGGUGAUGGUGGCUCUGUUCACUGUGUGCUGGGGACCCAUCCAGAUCUGCAUCCUGCUCCAGGCCUUCGGACCACACCUGCGCUCCUACGCACUCUACAAGGUGAAGAUCUGGGCCCACUGCAUGUCCUACUCCAACUCUUCUGUCAACCCUCUGGUCUACGCUUUCAUGGGCAACAACUUCAGAAAGGCCUUUAAAAAUGCCUUCCCCUCUGUCUUCAGCCCGCAGGGCCAAGGGAGAGGGAGGGGCAGGGGGAGGGUGGGGGAGGCAGGGAGGGAGGGGCAGGGGGAGACAGAAUGCCAGGCCCCCAACGUGGACACAGAGAUGCACUUUCUUUCAUCUGAGACCUGAAGGCCAGCAGGGCAAACGUCUCAUUAUUUAUUUACAGUUGUGUGUGUCCGUUAGCUGAUGCCUGUCGUGAUCUCUGUUCCCAAUGUGUCAUGUGACUUCUGUAACUCAUGUAACAUGGCAGUCUUUUGUGUCUUUGUUCAGUUGUUUUUUACUGUCUGAUAUUCCUAUUCAUGAUGUUAAUAUGUAUUCCUAUGAAUUAUGUUAAUAUGUAUUCCUAUGAAUUAUGUUAAUAUGUAUUCCUAUGAAUUAGGUUAAUAUGUAUUCCUAAUCAUUAUACACAUUUUAUUUAUAUUCAUUAUGUUAAUCUUUAUUUCUAUUUUUGGUCUCUCGUCUAGAACAGGUAGUAUUUUAGUACUGUAAUACUGUACUACUCUAGUACUAUAAUACUGUA